AUGGCACAUAUCGAGUACAUUUUGAUUUAUGAAAUGAGAUUCAUUGGUCAAAACAUGUUGGAAAACAUAGAUUAUCAUCUUCGACAAGCAUUCCCCCAAAGUGCACACAUAAGUUUUGCAGGAGAUUUGGGCCAAUUGCCUCCAGUUAAUGACAAACCAGCAUAUGCCAGUAAUAGAAAAGCAAAGCUACUAUGGGAGGAAUUCAAAAUUGUGGUUACUUUGGAUAAAAUAUUCAGACAAGAUGGAGAAAAUAUUCAGCAACAAAGAUUUUGUCAACUUUUGACAAAUCUAAGGGAUGCAAACCCACAAAUUGAUGAUUGGAAGCUGUUAAUGAUGAGAACCCCUACUAACAUAGAUGUUGGAAGAAAUUCUGAGUUUGAAAAUGCUGUCCAUUUGUUCUCCACAAAUGACAAUGUUCAUAGUCAUAAUAAAAAAAUGUUAUAUUCAUUGAAGCAUUCUGUUGCACGCAGUCUUGCAACAAAAGAAGGAAGUGUUAAUGUAGCAGAAGAUUGUUCAACUGAUGAACUUGAUCUAGAGUUAUUGAUCAUUAAGAAUGCAAGGGCCAUGCUAACUUCAAAUCUCUGGAUACAAGAAGGUCUUGUAAAUGGAGCUUUGAGAUAUGUUCAAAUAAUUGUCUACAAGCCAGGAAGUGCUCCACCUGACCCACCGACAUAUGUGAUGGUUGAAUUUGAUAAUUAUUCAGGAUUGCCAUUUAAAGAUCAUCAUCCAAAUACAGUUCUAAUAACAAUAAUACAAAAGGGAAGAAAACUUCAACUACCAUUGAGAUUGGCAUGGGCAUUGACUAUACAUAAAUCUCAAGGAUUGACUCUUCCAAAAGAAACUAUCGAUAUAGGACGGAGAGAAAGAACUGAAUUAACAUUUGUUGUAGUAUCUUGUGUAAAAUCUCUAGAGGGUCUGAGAAUAAUGCCACCAUUCACAUAUGACUGUUAUGAGAAAUGA